CGAGCAUGCGCACUGGCAUGCAUCCCCCACGCCCAGGUCUGACAUGAAAGAUCUUCUCCCCUUCUAGAUUCUUUAGAAAUUCGUGUCUUGCGUGUUGUGACCCCUAAACAUCUUGUCAUGCAUCAGCAAUGGCAGGAACCCAGCCGAGAUAGCGUUAUCGAACUUUGUGCAUGCUUGCUUCCCUGCCCCGCCAACCUGGAACCUUAAGCCUCUCGGAACUCGUCAUUCCUCAUCACCAUCGCCCAGCUUGUCCCUCUUUCUCUUUCACCUUCAGCUUUUGUCCCUGGAUACUGCAGCCUUGCGUCUCUCCCUCACGACGGAACUGCGAUGCGCGCUGCCUCGUCGACAGGCGUCCAGGCCGCCAAUGGCGUCACCAAUCGCAAGAGCAAUGCCACCGUCACGGACGUGGAACCGUCCAAUGCCACCACAGAGGAGAGGGUCAAGGCAACACCGCCGCUGCAGAAGAAAUAUCGCCAUGUCGCGGCUGUCCAUGCCCAAACGAGGCCGUCGUGCUUGAGUCAUGAUGCUCAGGCGAACCCAAGUUUCCUGGGUUUCCGCAAUCUCAUGGUCAUUGUGCUGGUCGUGGGAAAUCUGAGGCUUAUGAUUGAGAAUAUUCAAAAGUACGGCGUUCUUAUUUGUGUGCGGUGCCACAACUACAGUCGAUCGGACAUACUUAUUGGGCUGUUUCUCUACUUCCUCAUUCCAUGCCAUCUCUUCGCCGCCUAUCUCAUCGAAUUAGCGGCAGCACAGCAAGCGCUUGGUUCGCGCAAACGAAUCCAGGACGGGCAAGCAGGCCCUUCGGAAGAGGACAAGAAGAAGUUCCAUUCGACUUGGGUUCUGGUCGCUUGGGCACACGGGAUCAACAUCACCCUCGGACUAGCCAUUACCACGCUCGUCGUAUACUUCAAGAUCUUUCACCCGCUCAUCGGUACGCUUACCGAGAUGCACGCAGUGGUCGUCUGGCUCAAGACUGCCUCGUACGCCUUCACCAACCGCGAUCUCCGACAUGCGUACCUUCACCCGGUCAAGGGUGAGCUGGUACCCGAGCUAUACGCUAGCUGCCCCUACCCGAAGAACAUCACAAUGGGGAAUCUGAUCUACUUUUGGUGGGCGCCCACCCUCGUAUACCAGCCUGUGUAUCCCCGUACCGAUAAAAUCAGGUGGAUUUUCGUCAUCAAGCGGCUGGGCGAGGUCUUCUGCCUGAGUGUGUUUAUCUGGUUCGCCACAGCACAGUACGCAACGCCAGUUCUCAUCAACUCGCUCGAGAAGAUUGCGUCGCUCGACAUUCCCUCCAUACUCGAGCGCUUGUUGAAACUAUCCACCAUCUCACUCGUCAUCUGGCUCGCAGGCUUCUUUGCUCUCUUCCAGUCUUUCCUCAACGCCCUCGCUGAGAUACUGCGGUUCGGCGAUCGCUCAUUCUACGACGACUGGUGGAACAGCGAGAGUCUGGGAGCGUACUGGCGCACGUGGAAUAAGCCCGUGUACACCUACUUCAAGAGACACGUGUACAUGCCCAUGGUCGGCAGGGGAUGGAGCCCGAAGGCGGCGAGUCUGUCUGUGUUCUUCAUGUCGGCUGUUCUGCACGAGAUUCUGGUCGGUGUACCGACGCACAAUGUCAUUGGUGUCGCAUUCUUGGGCAUGUUCUUGCAGCUACCGCUCAUCGCACUCACCGCGCCUCUGGAGAGUAGGAGGAUGGGACAGGGGGGUAAGUUGAUUGGCAACAUUAUCUUCUGGGUCUCCUUCACGGUCCUUGGCCAGCCAUUUGCCGCUCUAAUGUAUUUUUACGCCUGGCAGGCCAAGUACGGCAGUGUGAGCCGGAAAAUGGGCGCCUGACCUGGUUCCUUGAACUGGGUGCCCACUGGGUGGUUCACAGAGAUAAGGGUCGUAAUGGAGGAGCAGUUGACCCCUUGAUUGACUGACAUUUAUUUAAUAAACGGAAUCUUCG